AUGGGAGAGCAAGCAGUAGUGGAGGAUCUGAUGGCGAAGCAGGCCUACAGGAUAGAGACAUCUUUUAUGGCCGCAAUGGACAGAUUCUCCUCAAAGCUACGGACGCUCUUUCAGGAGAGGAUGCCGGUAACGUCGUCCGCAACGCCUCCCAGAAUCGGACAGAGAAGCCAAGAGCGCGAGAGGUUUGAGCCCUACGGCGAAAGCAGCAGCCUCGGCCUCUCUGGCUGCACCCAGGCGUCAGGCUACGACCAGCAUUCUCAGCCGCCAACAAACAGCUGGGGCAAUCCCUCCCGGACCGACCUACCCAGCAGAAACGGCGUACGGCCCACUCCAUGCUUUGGCCGUGUCACUGAGGCAAAGCAGCCCCACACAUUCCGCGGUCCAGCAACUUGGCCCAGUUCACACUGUGGCUGUCCAGACCCAUCCCGACCCAAGCAACGCGACUGUUUCACCAUUACAUACGUCGUUAUUGCCGUCAGGCUCCCAUCUUCAGUACGUUUCGACCAUUCCAACAGCGACACAUACGUACCCUGGCCAAAUCGACGGCGCUUACCCAAUGCCGCUCGGUUCGGUCGUAACAGCCGAGCCUCUUGUUCAAGUGGCUCAACAGAUAAAGCCUCAGGACGAUGCGCAACAGGACCAGUGGCCACUUCCAACCCAGCUGGAGUCACCCCCUCAGGAUCCUCGGACCGAAGACACCCGGCGCACGACCAAGGACGGCCGGGGGCACCAAGUUAUACUGAGCUGUACCCACCCGGAAAGCCCAGGACUUGGCGCGACUUGCUCUCUAAGGCUUUUUGGGCACACCACACAUCAAAACACUCCGUGGGCACAUUUCCUUAUGUCUUGACCUACGGCCAUGACACUGGUAAACUAAUGGAGUUAGAGGUUCGAUUUCUUCGAGUUUCCAAGCGACUUAGGCGAAAGAUGAAGAACUACGCGCAAACCGUGCCCCGGAGUUUAGAAAAGUUAAGACAGUCAAGACUCGCCGCUUACGGUUCGGUGCGAGUUCAAGAAAAAAUGGCACCGAGGGCCUACGACAAAAAAGUCAAAAAGAAAAAAAGGGGGAAGUAG